AUGGCAGAGUGCAAAGUGUUAAAAUUAUCGUCUCACCUGGCAUCAUCACAACUGUUCCGUCAUCUCAGCCAUCGCCAACUGGCACGAUCACAUCAACAAGCGAACUCAUCGCUUUUGGACAUCACACUGGUGAUCAUCACUUGUCUUCCACACAUUCAUCAUCCGGCAGUACUAAAUGUAGUUUGCAACAGCCCACCGUUCCGUCUACCAUCGUUGGAUCCACGCAUUUGCUGGAACCAUCAAUUGGUGUCAAUAGCUGUAGUAAUUGUCAGUAGUAGUAAUCACAAUUGCAUCACAAUGUAUGCUGCAACAAUCGCAUUUAUGGAUAUCAAAUCAGCGUCCAAAGCUCAUCUCGCCGAGCAUAAGUUCGAUGAUCGAAUUCUAACGACCGAAUAUUAUGAGCCAUCAUCAAUGCAUCAUGCGAGUUUAGAGAGCGGAAGUGGAUUAAUGAUCAAUAAUAAAAUAAACAGUGAUAGUGCUGUUAACAAUUCAAUUGGUGAUAUGAAAGAUUCAACAUCACAUGGAAGAUUUACAUCCACAUCCAGCCAUGGAUCAUCUGACGAUCAUUCGCCCGGUAGGACAAGCUUUUACGAUCGCGUGAGUACGAGUCAAAGCGGAAAUAGAACCAACAGUGAAACAGCGCCAACCGAAUUCAUAAGAAGGACAAGUUAUCAUUCGAAUGAUAUUCGGGGCCGGCAGCGAGACCGUCAUUUUAGGAAUAAUCCUUAUUUAUUAGAUAGAUCAAAUCCAAUAAGUCAUCAUAGAUGGUAUGAAACGUCACCAUCUUCGUCGAGUUCACGUAAUAAUCAUUACAAUACAAACACUAAUAACAAUAGCAUUUUUCAACAACCUGAUUCAUCAUAUGAUCGCCAUAAUUCGAGUGAUUUGAUUGAUACAUCGCCGAGCGCAGUGACAACAUCAAUUAGCAAUACGAUAAAGGACUCGAAAGGACUUUUUUCAUCAACACAAACGCCAACGGCAGUGAUAACGAAUUCGGAACAGUCAAACGUAGCACCUUAUAAGUCAAAGCUUUUGAUUAACAAUCAUCAUCAUCACCAUCAUUUGAAAACGAUCAAAUCAAGGUCAGGCAGUGAGUCGCCGAUAAGUGGGCGCUCAUCGCGUUCGCAUUCGAGAAGUCCAAGUAGUUGUAGCUCAACAAGUAGUCACACAACAACGCCAACAUCAUCUCACUCCAGUCCGGUGUCAGGUGGUGGUGGUGGCGAGAUUGUAACACAUAGUACACCGUCCUCGAAUCAUCACCAUCAUCAUCAUCAUCAUCAUCGUCACAUCAAAAGCAACAGUACAGGAAAAUCAUCAACGGGUAAUAUUCACCAUCAACGACAUCGAAGGAAUCUUCAAGUGUCGUUAACAAACGUUCCACUUCCAAAUUCCAUCGAUAAGCCGGCAAGCACAACAUCUUCACUUUCAUCGUCAGGUAGUGUAAGUGGAUCAAAUCCCGUUGUACAUUCGGAAGAUAAUCGACCGCUUGCCAUUUGCGUGAAGAAUCUUCCACUUCGAUCCUCCGAUACAUCAUUGAAAGAUGGUCUUUUUCAUGAGUACAAAAAGCACGGAAAAGUAACGUGGGUGAAAGUUGUUGGACAGAGUCACGAAAGAUACGCUUUAGUGUGCUUUAAGAAGCCGGAAGAUGUGGAGAAAGCACUAGAAGUGUCCCAGGACAAAUUGUUUUUUGGCUGUAAAAUAGAAGUUCAACCGUACCAAGGCUAUGACGUUGACGACAACGAGUUUCGUCCGUACGAAGCCGAAAUAGACGAGUAUCAAUCAAAAUCCACCCGCACAUUAUUUAUUGGUAAUCUCGAGAAACACGUAACAGUAGCUGAGUUAAGAAAAGCAUUUGAAGUGUUUGGUGAGAUCUUGGAAAUUGAUAUUAAAAAGCAAGGAUCGUCACCUUACGCAUUUUGUCAAUACGCCGACAUUGUAUCGGUGGUUAAAGCUGUACGGAAAAUGGACGGCGAGCACUUUGGCUCGACGCGAAUAAAAUUGGGUUUUGGGAAGUCUAUGCCGACGACGUGUGUGUGGCUUGAUGGAAUUCUUGAUGGUGUGAGUGAACAUUAUUUGACACAACAAUUCUCUCGAUUUGGUGCCGUACAGAAAGUAGCGAUUGAUCGUGAUCGAAAAACAGCACUCGUUUCAUUCGAUCAGAUUCAGUGUGCACAGCAAGCUGUGAAGGAAACACGUGGAACAGCAAUUCGUGGAAGAAAAUUACAAGUUGAUUACGCUUCGCGUGAGUGUGUUGACGCAUUUUAUGCUCGCUUAGAGAAGCUCGGUGUGCAACCAGCAAAUAUUAACGUUGAAAGUUUAGUGAUUCCUGGAAACAGCAUGGUCAGACAUACAUUUAAUACCAGUCGUUCUAGAGCGAGUAGUUUUAGUCGACCGGGUAAUCCAGUAAGUGGAGCUGCAUCGCCAACAAGCACGCCAAGUGCAGGUUCAACACCACGUCAUCAUUCAUCAAGUGGUAGCUUGGGAAAGAAGUUCAGAUAUGCUGCAGCAGGUUCUCCUGAAUUUUAUGAUUCCAAUGAGUAUUUGGAUACUUACGGUAGCAGUUACGAUCAUGAAAGAACAACAUGUGUCGAUUCUGAUCUUCUAAAUGAUGGCGAACCAAUUUUCUCAUCAGUGCGACGUCGAUGUGAUAAAAGUCCAGCAGGUGAUAUUAGACAAGUACAACGACUCGAUACAGAGUUGGUAAAUUCUGGCAUUACAUCAACAUCAAUUCGUCGAAGAUGUGAACGAAGCCCAGGUGAUAUGAGAAUUCUAGAGACGCAACGUCACAAGAUUCUUGAUCAACUAGAAAAAUGUCCGUCCAGUGGUGCAAUGACAUCAAGUGUUAACUAUACGAAACCAAAUCGCAGACCGUCCACCGAUAGUCUGUCACGUUAUCAACAUAUGGACAGUUAUCAAACGAUGAUCCAUAAGCGAAGAAAAACGUCAGCAACAGCAAGUACAUCGUCAUCGUCAUCAAAUGUAACGCUCAAUGAUAACGAGCAACCAAACAUUAUAUUGUCGAAAAGUCGAGGACAUCAAUUGCAUUCGAAUCAUUCAUGUGAAGCGUCUGGUGGUGAAAGUGAACAUGGAUCAAGAUCAGGUACGCCAUUAUUUGAUGAAAGACCUGACAAUACAAUUGAUCCACGACGUCCACCAAUAACGAUAAAUCGAUCUGUUGAACCAAUGAAUUUACCUCUGCCAAAAUUUGCACAACAAUUCCAUCAACAAUUAAAGCAAAACAAUCAACUUCUACCUGCAACACAUGCAACAUCAAACAUUGUAGGAGACAAGCACGAAAAUUCUUCAUCUUCGCAGCAAUCACAUCAUAAUUCUAGUCUUAAAAAUCGUUCGAUGAGUCCAAGUCCACAACAGACAUUAGUUCGAUCACAUUCGAAUUCUCUAAUGCCUCCAAUACCUGGCAGUUGCAUGAAUACCGACAUGGGUUUAACAUCACCACGACCACCUUCAAUGAUAUCAAAUUCCAGUGAUUCAGAACAAGAACUCGGAUCGAUUACGGGUCCUAAUUCAUCUCCGUCAUUAGAAGAACGACUAAAGAAGUUCACUGAAGAUUACGACAGUUGGAGUAGCAAUGGACGUUCGUCAUCAUCAUCGCAUUAUAUGAAUAGCUUUCGUCAUUCUGUACCGGAAAUUGCUGUACCAGAAACACCUGAAUUACUUCGAAAUGUUUUAAAGAAUUCAAUGUUUGACGAAGAUUCGAAACGAUUGGAAAAUAUUGGUGAUAAAUAUGUGACACAAUCAGCACCAAUUCUUCCAACGACAACAUCCACGGCAACAACAUUAGCUGCAACAAUCACAACAAAAAAUGCAUUCGGUGGUUUAAGUGGAAAUCCUUUGAAUCUUUCUGGUACAUCAUCACCAUUAAUGACAUUGAUGAAUUCAAAUUUAUCACUUGCGCAUCCCCCUGAGACAUUAAAUGCAACAACAGCACUUUGUAAUUCUCUUGGAAAAUUACAUAUGCCAGCACAACAACCAGUAACGAUUACGACAAUGAUUCACCAAAGAUUAGGAUCGUCAGGAACGGGAUCGCCAAUGAAUAGUCCCAAUACAGCUUCACCUUAUAAUAGUCCUAAUCCGUCAUCAGCUUCUUCAAUUUCGUCAAUCAAAGGACUUCAAUAUCCAUUCCCAACACAUUCAAUGUUAAGUACGUCACCGUCAACAUCAACGACAAACACUUCAACAGCUGUGAGUACUUCAACAACAGCAGUUGCAACAACCACAUCAGUAUCGCCUGCUUCUGGUCCUUUACCAUCAUUAAAUUGUCUAAAACCAAAGACAUCAUCGUGUGCAUUGGGCAAAAAUGAAGAUGUUGCUGUCAAUAACAUUAAGAAAGAAGUUGAUGUAAAGGAAAUUAAUGAAAAGAAGAAUCAUGCAAGAGAUAGAAGAAAGACGAAUGAAUCCGAUGAAAUCGCAACAACAAACGUCAUUAAUGUUAUCAAAGAAGAAAAUGUUAAGAAAGAGAAGGAAUCGUCAAUACUUCGAAAAGAAAAAGAUGUUAAAAAAGAUUCUGUUUGUGUUAAUGUUAAUGAAGAGAAGAAAUCAAAAUCAUCGCAUAAGAAAUCAUCCAAAGAUGAACCACAUCAUGAUGUUGAUGAAACAAUUUUACUAAAUCGUGAACAACAACAGAAUAAGCGACGUGUAAGUUUUGAAGAUGUUUCAAGCGUUGAUUCAGCUAAUGAACAACAGCAGCAACAAACAACGACCACAACAAUGACAAAUCAUGUGAAAGAUACGAAACAUCAUGAUACGACAACAAAAUCAAAUUCAAAACAUCACCACCAUCAUCAUCAUCAUCACCAUAAGAAAAGCAGUGGAUCCACAUCUUCUUCGACAACAACUUCAACAGUUGCCAAAGAAAAGAUUCACAGUGGUGAGGAUGAAAAUAAUCAUGGAAAAUCUAAGAUGAUGACGAAUGACGUAUCAAAUUCUAAAGAUAUGAUUUUUGACGAAUUAAAGAGAAACAGCAAAGAAAAUAUUAUUCGAGUGAGUGAGAAGAUACAUAAAAGUAAGAAACACAAUCACAAUUAUCAUCGUGAAAACAAUACGAAAGAUAAAGAAAAUCAAACACAAGUUUCGAAUUUUAACGACACUGAUGAUGAUACUGAUGAUUCCGAUGCUAAGAAAGCUUCUUUCUUUGAUAUUCCCGAUGAUGCACCAAAUAUUUCCAUGUACGAUAAAGUCAAAGCAAGAUCAUGUAAGAACUUGAAGAAACAAGAAGAGGAAAAGAAAAUCAAAGAUAAAUUUUCAGCUCUAAAACAAUCGAGAGCAAAGCGUGAAAGAAAACGUUUAAAUACAUCAGAUGACGACACUGAUAGUGACAUGAAUGAUCCGAACAGCAGCGAUAUGUUCCAAAUGAAAUAUCGCAAGUCACAUUUAAGUGGAUCAGAAGAUGUUGAAAACAAUUCUGAAUCGGAAAUGUUAAAUCGAACGACUUCAACAACUAAUAAGACAAAAACUCGCAACCAAUUUAGUGUUUGUGAUGAUGAGAGUAGCGAAAGUGGAAUAACAAUGAAUGAUGGACAUCGAAAGCGACAUAAUAAAUUCUUGAAUCGUAAAAUGUCACGAAAUAAUGUCAUCGAUUCUUCGGAUGAUGAUGAUGAUGACGAGAAAAUUGUCAUUGUUAAACAGGAAAUGCAAACGAGCGAUUUUGAUGAACUUAAGAAGCAAGAUGAUGUCAAGAAUCAUAAUAAUAACAAGCAUAGUUCAAAUGGUUCAAAGAAACGUCAUCAUGACAAAUCUAAAGAUGAAAAGAUUAAUAAAAAGUCAAAGAAAUUAUCAAAGGAAAUUCGACAUACCAAACAACAACAUUCUUCAUCAGAUAAUACACAAAAGCGUGAUGAUAAGAUGGAAGAUAUUUUCGGUCCUAUUUCUGAUGACGACAUAAAGUCAGACGUUACUAAAAAUAAUUUCACAACAGCAUUAGCUGACAUCAAAAAAGAAGAAAUGUCACCAAUUCUUGAUAAUGUUGUUGUAAAGGUUGAAGUUACAUCAUCAUCAGAACAACAACAUAAUUCAAAGGAUCAACUUCGUGAAGAAUCAAGAAAGCGAAAAGAGAAACGUCGACGUGAACGUGAAAAGCAACGUGAAAUUAUUAAAGAAGAAAAAGAUGAAAACGAUGAGAACAACAGCGUUGAUUUAGAUGAAGCUGGUCGAGCGCUGGAAGCCCAAUUAAUGAGUGACAAUGAUCAACAACAAAAAGCUGUCGUUGUCAACAAUAAUAACAACAAUAGCCAUCAAGGAAAGAUUGAAGAUAUUUUCAGAUUUACUGAUGGAGAUGAUGAGAUGAAACGUGAUCACAAUCACGAUGGAUCGAAGAAGAAAAAGAAAAAGAAGCGUGCGAGAGAAGAACGCAGUAAGCAUCAUCAUAAUCAUCAUCAUUAUGAACCUACCAUUAAACAUGAAAUCAUUGAUAAUGAAAAUGACGAUGUUAAUUCAAAUAUGGUAAUGAAAACUUCAAGUGCGUUUAAUAACAAUAAUAUAACCAAGAUUCGUCAUGAAAAUGAAGGUAAAAUUGGCUUAAACAACGAGUUGAAGCCUUCUGUGCCAUCAUUAAUUGAUGAGACACCUUCAAGGCCACAACCAGUUGUUACAACUGCUGCUGUUGCUGUUAAAAAAGAAUUGAAGACAAAGGAAAAUGUUAUUCCUGGGUUUGGUGCUGUAGUUGAUGAAACAAUUCAUGAGAAGGCAGUUUUGUCAAUAGCCAAAGAGCUUGAAAAGAAAACAUCAACAGCAUCGACAAUAUCAAUUUCUGAUCAAAUUAUGAUAAAAGAUGAAAAGAAAUUGGCUUCAGCAGAAGAUGUUAAAGCAUCGUCUUCAUCAUCAUCGACAUCAACUGCGACAACGACAGUGAAAGUUGAAGGUGAAAAAGUUGUUGAAGAAAAAUCUCGUGUUGUGAUAUCACAAGAAGAAACUGAAGAUGCGGUUGCAGCGCUUCUCGGAGAAAGCUUUAGUAUGGCAAUUGAAGACGAUUAUAAUGAUCCUUAUGAUGUUCCAAUAACAGUGACAAAUGAAGGCGAUUCGUUGUCUGGUGACAAUAAUCCAUCAAUUCCACCGGAAGAAGAUGAAGAGAUGAAAAAAGCAAUAAUGAGUUUAAAUCCUGAAAUUAUUGAUAACAAACCAGACACACCGCAAUCUGAACAUGAACUUCAAAUCGAUACUGAUAUUGAUGAAGCUGCGGGUGGUGCGGACGAUGGAGACGAAGAAGAAUCAUCAAAUCAACCGUUUGAUAAUCCACCAAAAACACCUGAUGUUGACAUGGCACAAAUGGAGAAAGAGAAAGUCGAAACACCGUCUUUGAAAAUUGAAAUCACACAAGAUCUUAACGUCAAAUGUGAUUCCUCACAGCUACCGUCAACAACACCAGUAAAGGAAGUUAAAGUAGUUGAAAAAUCUUCUGAAAAGAAAGACGAAAUUAAAGCACGUUAUCAAUCACAUUUCCAACCAGCAUCAACAAAUAUUCCAACAAAAGAACAACUUCCAGCAUUAAAAUCUUCUUCUGUGGAAUCACAAAAGAAUCGUGCAAAUAGUUCAACGACAUUAACAUCAACACCGUCACAGAAAAUUGUUUUGUCACCAAAUCAACCAACAAGUCCAAAGAUCAUUGCAAUUCCAACCAAAAAUGACAAUAAAACGAUUCUUAUUCAUUCACCAUCAACUGUUGUUAAAAUAACUCCGAAUAUCCCACAACAACCACAGCCAAUAGUUUCUGCAAAUGUUCAAACUAUUAACAACACAAAUUCGACUUAUUCAACAACAUUAAGUAAAGAUUUACAACAGAAGCAUUUAAAUGUUCCACAUCAAAGUUGUAAUAAGCAAGCACCAUCAACAACAGUUGUUAGUGAUAAUAAGAAGGUUGAUAUAAAAGUUCAGCAACAACAUAUGAUUCACCAACAGAGUGCUAAUAGGCAGUCUCAAAUAAUUUAUCCACCGGUAAUAGCCACAACCACCACAGCAGCACCAGCGGUUGUUCAGCCAACAAUUAUUCCAACUGAAUCUUCUAUUAAAGCAUCAUGUGAUGUGAAAGAUAGCAAACCUGAACAGUGGCAACAGAAUGUCAAUUCUGUAAUUCAAAAAACAUCAGAAAAUGUCAAAGAUGAGAAGAAAUCAAUCAGUGAAAUUGAGACGAGUCAUGAUGAAGAUGAAUUUGAUGAAAAUUCGGCUGACAGUUCCAUGGAGAAAGAAACAAACGGUUCAAGAAAAGUAUCUCGUGGAACAGGAAGACAACAGAGAGGUCGUAAAGCAGCAGUUGUUACUUCACCUCAGCCAUUAGCAGAUGAUGUUGUGACAUCACGUCGUGGUGGUAAAGCAACAGCAGCUAACAAACGUGGUGGACGUGGAGGAAGAACAGCAAAUUCUAGAAAUGUUGUUAAUCCACCACUUCAAACAUCAAUCAUGACAGCUCCUUCAAUGCCUUCACCGGCUGUACCACCACCACAACCGUCACAUCAAUCAAGUCUAAGGCAGCAGAAAACAUCGGAAUCAGACGUUUAUGAGUUUCAUGAUGAUUCGGGUGAAGAAUUGAUGAAAACUGGUGAUGCUCAACGUCCGAGGUUGAUUAUGACAAUUAAAAGCUCAACUGUUACAACAUCAGUUAACACUCAACCAAUAGUGACAGCAUCAUCAGCUUCACCAACAACAGUCGUUGUUCAAAGUUCACCAAUUUCAACUUCAAUCAACAUUCAACAACAACCAUCAAUAACAACAUCAAAUGAUGAAAUAACUCAACAGCAAGUUCCUUCACCAUCUGCUUCUGAUGACUUUGCUCAGCCUAAUGCCAAUAAUACCAAUAAUAAUAGCAACACAAGGAAAUCUAGAAGAUUACAAGAGAAAGAUGGAACAAGAACCUCGGUUGAUGAUACGAUCGAUGAUGUUAUUAGAAAUAUGACUCCAAAUCAGAAUCAACAACAGUUAAAUAAUCGAAGAGCGACAAGACAAACAACACCCACAGUUAUUCCAGUUAACGUUGCAGUUACACCAGCAUCAGCAGUUGUUGUCCCAACAAGUCAGGCACUUAAUGAUGGCAGCAAGAAAUCGAUAAGAAAUAACAAGAAACAACAGAAAGAUCGAAAGAUUUCAGAUACAUCUGAGAGUAGCGAUUGUGAUAAGAAGUCUGAAGUUUCUACCUUCAUCCAACCAGUUUCACAAACACCACCAGUUACAGUGACAACAGCACCAAAAUCAAAUGUUGUUGCGGUUCAAGAACAAAUUCAAAAACAACAUCCAGAAAUUCUUGUUUCCCAACAACAUCAGCAACAAAAGCCUCAUCAAAAGGAAAGUUCAGAGUUGCUGCAGUUAAUUGACCCAGUAACUGGUGAAUUGCAAAAGAUGACACAAAGUAAAGAAGGACAAUACGUUCCUGUCUCUGAUAAUCGUCAACAUCUUAAGCAACAACAACAUCAUCAACAAGCGAUUUCAUUGCCUCAAGUUGAUGCUAAAAGUAAUGAAGGAGAUAAGAAAGUUAAUCCAUCUGCUUUUGUUGUACAAAUGAAAGUAUCAACAACACCUGUUGCUGUUCAUGAAUCUAUGAAGACAUCAAAUGCUUCAAUUCCAUCAACAACAUCUGAUCUAAGUCAUGUUAUUAAACCGCCAGUUAUAACACAAAAUCCUACGUAUACAAAACCACCACAGCCACUUAAAACUUAUGUUCUUGGAUCACAAGGUGUGGCAAAGUCAUCGCAUGUUGUGUCAACAUCAGUUCAAACGCCUCCAGCAACAGUCAUUUCAUCACAAGGCAUAGUGAAAAUAAAUCCCACAACUGUUCAACAUCCAUCAACAAUUUAUAAUCUUCCAAAUAUUAUUCCGGCAACGGGUGGCAAAUAUAUUCAACAACCAUUGACAACUCCAAAAACAAUUAUGAUGCCAGUUCCACAUUCAAUCCAUUCAAAUCAACAGCCACAGCAAAGCCAAAUUUUACAACAUCAAAAGAUUCCUUCAAAUGGUCAACAACAGCCACAAAUUGUCAUUCAUUCGCAACCACAUCCAGUGUUGCAACAGCCGCAGCCUGGUGGAAAUUUAAUGAUAAAUAUCCCCACAUCAUCAGCAUCAUCCUCAAUAGUUGGUGGUCAAAGUAUUCCAUCCCCGCGUGGUAUGCAAGUGAAACAAGUCAUUCAAAGAUCUGCAAUUCCAUCGCAAGUUUCACAACAACAGCAGCAACCUCCAGUCCCAGUGACAACAGCAAAUGCUGUUCUAAUGAAAUCUGGUGGCACAACUCACCAUGUUGUUGCAACGAAUCCUGAAAUAAAUUCGAAAACACAAACAACUUAUAUUCAUCAAGGUGCAAAGAUCAUUCAAGGACCUUCUGAAGGCAGUGGCGUAGGUGUUGGUACACCAAUGAGCUACAUAAGCGGUAAUGGAGGAAGAGAAAUAAUUUACGUUGGUGCAAAUGUUCAAAAGCAGACAAUUUAUCCAAAUUAUCAGCCAAAUAAAUACACACAUCAGCAACAACAACCUUCACCAACACUGCAAAAACCUCCAACGCAAGGAAAAGUUGUGGAAAAGAUUCCAUCGCAACAACCAUCAGUCAGUGUUACUCACAUUCAAAUGCCACCACAGCAGCAACAACAGCAGCAGCAGCAACCGAAAGUUUACUUUACAAAUUCUGGUCAAGUGAUUACAAAUGUUCCACCAUCAAUUACUGGUCAACAACAAUCAUCAGAAGCGAAUGAAAGACAUCAGCAAUGGUUGACCCAUGAGAAGAUUCAGCAACAACAGCAGCAGCCACUAAAGACGCGGUACAUAAUGGAGAAUUAUGAUGAAGCUCAUCGUACACAAAUUCAAUCAGAACAACGUGUCGCUGCUGUUCAACAACAGCAACAGCAUCAUGGAGCUCAAGCGCAAGUUAAGCGUAAUUAUGUGAUUGAGAAUCCUCCAUCAAGUGGUGGUGCGCAUUUAUUACCAUCGCCAUCGCAACCUCAAGUUCAUCAUGCGACAUCAAGUGUUGUUAAUCAACCAAUUAUUCCACCACAAAAUAAAGCUGUGAUUGGAUUAAAUCAAGCACCACAAAUACUUACAGGAGCUGUUGCAUCACCACCACUUAAAGCUCAUCUCACAAGUCAGCAACCUAUUGUGACUGGUGCAAGCAGCUCACGCGUUGCAAUUCCAACGAUGAGUCCAAAAGAUCAUCCACGUCAUUUUCCACCAGAAAGUUAUGACGAUACAGUUAUGCAGCAUGGUGAUCGAAGUGCUUAUCGCUCACAAAGCCCACCGCCAGCUCAUCAAACGUCGCCCUUGACGACGCGUCCACCUUAUUUGAUGACAAAGAUAUUCCAUCAUCAACAACCUUCACCACUUUAUAUGCGUGGUGGACCGGAUUUUGCUCGAUUACCAUCUCGCAUAGAGCCACGUGAUUUAGCUGAAAUGGAAGAACAACGUGGCGCAAGUCCACCUUUAGAAUUGAGAAGAACAACAACGAUGCCACUUCAAAGUCCAAGUGACAGAAUAACUGAUUCUCCAAUGAUGGCUCCACUUUACUUAUCACCAAGAAUCCCUCAACCAUACUUCUAUGAAGGUGAUGGAAUGAAACCAUUGCCAGUAACAGAACCGCCACCAGCACAUCGUGCACACACUGGAAAUAUUCCACCACCAACGACAGUGUUUACUGCUCAACCAGCUGCUGUUUUACCGCCAACUGUUGCCGCUUUAGCUCAUCUCCAACGUGAAGCCGAUGAUAGUGUCGCUUCACAUCAAACAAAAGAUGCUGAUGGAAAUGUUCGAUAUCAAAUUGUUUAUUCCACACCACCAGCUCAAAGCCUUGUCGCACCAACAACAAAUAAUCGUCCAAUUCAAUUAACAACACCACCAAUUGCAAGUCAAGUUCCACUUCAUGCUGAUACACUCUCAAGACUACUUGAGAGAUAUCCAUUGAUGUGGCAAGGGUUGUUAGCAUUGAAAACAGAACAAGCAGCCGUUCAAAUGCAUUUUGUGUUUGGAAAUAAGAAAAUUGCUAAAGCAUCGUUACCGUUCAAUAGCGAUCAUACAACACCACCACUAAGGAUUGCACAAAGAAUGAGAUUGGAACCAUCGCAGAUUGAAGGCGUUGCCAGAAAGAUGCAGAUUACCGACGAGCAUUGUGUGCUUUUAGCUCUACCAUGUGGCUUUGAUUAUGGUGACGUAUUGAGACAAACAGAAAAUCUUCAAGUAAGUUUCAUCAAUUAUUUGCAACAAAAACAAGCAGCUGGAAUAAUCAACAUAGCAGACCCCGGAAGUCAAAAUGCAUCUUAUGUCGUUCACAUUUUUCCAUCAUGUGAAUUUGCUAAUGAAAGCUUAGAGCGAAUUGCUCCAGAUUUGAUGUAUAAAGUUGCAAAUAUUUCACACCUUCUUAUUGUUAUUGCAACAGUAUAAAAGUAACUUUAUGUAACUUGAUCGUGACAAAAGAUAUUUCAAUCGAAAGUCUGUAUUAUUUUACCGAAAUGAUGACGAAUGAAACAAGAAAAAAAAAUAUUAAGGUAUAUGACGAUGAAGAGAUAUCUCUCGAUAGACAUCUCGGAUAUCUUAAAAUUGACGCAAACAUAAAUACACCGAUAAUGGAUACACAAACACACACUUACACACAAAAUCAUAAAAGAAAGAAUAAACCUUGAUCUCAUGCAAUUCAUUUGUAAAAUCAUUUAAAACACAAGAAAAAAAAAUUAAAUUAAAGAAAGAAAAACUUGAUAAAUGAAGGUACGGAUGGAAACAGAAGAGAAAGUGAAGGUUUAUAAGAAAAGUGUAUGGAAAAAUGUUUCAUGUUUAAAAAAAUCUAAGAAGAAAUAAAAUGUUUAAAUGUCAAAAAAAAACACGAGAAAGUUGAAGAAAAGAGGAGGAAAAUGAAGAAAAAAAAAUAUUAAAGUAAGUUUUAAAUUUCUGUGAUUUUUUCAAAAAAAAUGUAAACUUGAUAAAGAAAAUUUAAAGUUAAUGAAAAAUAAUAAAUUAAACUAUUUCUAAUUUUCGAGCUAAGCGCCGAGGAAUCUUUGAAAGUGGAAAUUAAAAAGUAUUAAAAAUGUUAUGAAACUUUAUGUUGGGUGAAAAUUUUAUGUCGAUUCGACGAUUUAAUGCUUGAAUGAAUGCUGAGAAAUUUUCUUAGAAUUUCAGACCAUCUUCAGUACUAAGAAAUUUCGAGCCUACAUUUACCAUCCAAUUAAACAUUUCAUAAAAGUGAAAAGUUUCUUUCUGUUUAAAUAAUUAAAGAAAAACCUUUCGGAGAAAAAAUUAAUUUUGUAAGAAAUUUUCUUUUGUUUUCGUUCACACUUAAAAAUUUAUUCAGCCUCAAAAACUGCUAAAUGUUGUUUCGAAACAAUCUUUUUUGAUGUAAAUAUAAAUGUAAUUUUUAAUCAAAUUUUUAUGAGCCGAAGAAAAAAAUGGAAAAAGUAAAGAAAAAGCGAAAACAAAAGAAAAUUUUAUGAAUUUCAAAUUUAAAAAAAGAAAAAUUUUGUAAAUAUUCUAUUUAAGUUGUUUUUAGUUGCAUAAGCACGAUUGAUAUAAAAUAAGUUAAAAAAAUACAUUUGACGACUAUAAAUAAAAAGCUUUCGAAUAUUUUCCAAUUUCUUUUGGUGAAUCAUCGAUGGGAGUAGAUAAAAAAGAAAAUAACUUUUAAAAAACUUUUAAAGAUUUCCCAUCUAAUUCAUUAGAAUAAAUUUUCCGUUCACUUUCUGGAUUUAAACAAAGUUCGAUGAUUUCCCAAAAGGUAAUGAUUUGAAUAUGUUCGAACAGCAUCGAAAGGAUUUAAUAAAAGGACGAGUAAAGAGAAGAAAAAAUUCUAAACCUAAACAAAUGAAAUCCCAUGAAACAUUUUAACUUAAAUCUAUCAGAAAUACGCAAACAAAAAUAUUUUCUUCAAGUUUGUUUUAAUUUUUCACAUCAAAAAAAAAUUUCCUUUAUUUAAAACUUUUUCUUGGCUUUAUUUUUCAGUGAUUUUAAAAAAAUUAUCGCGAUGUGAGAUGUGAAAAUAAUUCAAUGGGUAAUCCUCAUUUUUUCGUUUUGUGUCGCUGUAUAUUAUGUAAAUAUCUAAGUACAUUAAAUAUUAAUUAUGAAAGAAAAUAAAAAAUGAAAAACCUUUAAAAAAUGCAAACAAAACUAAUUUAAAAGAAAA